ACGGUUACACUGCUCAAGAGUCCAGCUGCGUCGUUGAAAAAUAUUUUCGAUGCAUCGUAGGUUGUUUUAUUUCAAAGGAAAUAGCAAUUAAUAUAGUGAAAAACGAGGACUUAAAGGAGCAGUCGCCAAGCGGAUUGCAGGAUGAACAUAUACAACAAGUUGCGGGCCAGGGAGCACGGAUAUGCCAACGAAAGGACCUACGACUUCGCGCUGCGUCGCCUUUCCGUCGCCAAGGAGGACAGCUGGCGGGGCAUUGCACCGGCCAACUACUGCCCGGACUUCAAUCCGGAGCCACCGAUCUUCUCCGCCAAGUUUGCCAACUGCGAUGGCUACCGGCACAUCCUGGCGAUUGCCAACGAGGACGGCAAGAUCACGCUGCAGGACACCACGCAGCGGAAUCACCAGCCGGAGGAGCAGUCCCUGGUGGGUCCCCAGUGCCAUUACAACGCGGUCUUCGAUCUGGAGUGGGCCCCCGGCCAGAUGCGCUUCGUCUCCGCCUCGGGAGAUCACACGGCCAGGUUGUGGGAAGUAGCCGGCUCUGGCAUCCGUGGCCUGAACUCCUAUGUGGGCCACACCAGAUCCGUCAAGUCGGCUGCCUUUAAGCGCACCGAUCCCGCUGUCUUUGCCACCGGUGGCCGCGAUGGCGCCAUUCUCAUCUGGGACAUCAGGGCCAACCUGAACAUGGACCUCACGUCGCGCGUGGACAACUGCAUCUAUAGCGGCCACACGGGUGGACCGGGUACACCUGUUUCCCAGCGAAAGCAACGCACACGCACACCCAAAAUGGCUGGGGGCACCACCUCGAGCAGCAUCACAGGCUUGGCCUUCCAAGAUAACGACACGCUGAUCUCCUGUGGCGCCGGCGAUGGAGUCAUCAAAGUCUGGGACCUGCGGCGGAACUAUACGGCCUACAAAAAGGAGCCACUGCCCAGACACAAGUUACCUUAUGCCGGUCACUCCACCUUCCGCGGAUUCACCAACCUCAUUGUGGACGCUUCCGGCACGAAACUGUAUGCCAAUUGUAUGGACAACACCAUUUAUUGCUAUAACUUGGCUUCAUACUCGCCCCGCCCGUUGGCCUGCUACAAGGGUCUGCUGAACUCCACGUUCUACAUCAAAUCCUGCCUCAGCCCGGAUGGAAAGUAUCUACUGAGCGGAAGCAGCGACGAGCGGGCCUACAUCUGGAAUCUGGAUCAUGCGGAGGAGCCGCUGGUGGCCCUAUCAGGCCACACAGUGGAAGUUACCUGCGUGGCCUGGGGCUCCAGUCACGAUUGCCCCAUUGUCACCUGCAGCGAUGAUGCGCGACACAAGAUAUGGCGCAUUGGUCCCGAUCUAGAUGGCCUCAGUGAGGCGGAGCGGGUGGAAAAGUACAGAGGAACUGCCUCCUAUGUAAGGGAAUUCGGAAGGAAAACAGCUGGACCUGCUAGUGGUAAUCACAAGUACAAUUUGCGAGAUCUGGAGUCCACGCCGAGGUCACUGAAGCGUCUGAUGGAUCAAAACGAACGUACUCCAGGCUCUGUGGAAAAGACGACCACCAAACGCUCCUUUCUGGAAAUGCUGGGCGUGGCCGGUGGAGAGACGGAAGCCACCGAGCAGCCCCAAAAGCGAGCCAAGCCGCUGGAGUCCCGUGGCCGGCGGCUCUUCGGACCUUCUAACCAGGAAUCCACUUGCCGACACAUACAACUUCAGCCCAUAAACGAAGAAGAGGCCUCCCCAAGCAAACGCCAAAAGGAGAACUCUGCGGCGGAGGAUGUAUCGCCUCUGCCCAAGAUCCUGAGCACGCCAAGUCAUUCUCCAUUGAGUGAGAAUGUGAACCACAUGUACACCUCCCCGCCAACCACUUCAGCGGCAGCAGCAGCGGCGGCAGAAGCAACCAAUCCACCGCCCAUCUCCGCCUUAAUCUACUCGCCCACCUCCAACCUGCCCAACUUCGUGGUGGAUGGCGAGGCACCGCACCUGGGCAUCAUGUCGCCCAAGCGAAAGGCCAAGGAGAAGGUGGACUGGCUGACGAACAUCCGGAAACAGAAGCUGAUGAGUGGGCGGGCACAUGUGACGCUCAGCGAUAAGAUCAGCGAGGAGCAGCAGGCGGAUGUAUUGGCAUCGCCGCGACUCCAAAGUCUACGGCAAUCCGAGUGCAGUCCGCGGUUACAGGCCACGCCCCGCAGGCGAAUUUCCCAUACGGAUGCAGGCGGUGGCACACCCGCUGGCAACUCCUCCCAUUCCCACACACAAACUCAGCCAAGAACACCAACUUCGAGUAGGAGAAACAGCGAGACGACACUCCUACGAUUCUUUAGCAUCCAGCGGAGCAGCAGUGUGCCGGCGGAAGAAGCCACGACGGCGACAGCGGCUCCAACCUCCCCAAAUCCUCCUCCUGUGACUGCUCCCGCUGCCACGCCCCUAAGCCUGCGUACGCCCACAACGGCGGUGGGCAGCGAUUGACGCGGGGCCUCACGCUUCUUUUUCCAUUCAAAAAGGAGGUCACAGCACCAUUAUUGCACUUGUAGUUUUAAGCGGACAUUGUUUAAGUUAUUUUAUGUAGAUACUAGGUUGCAAAUAUCGCGGGACGAGUUGGUGACCAACUCCCCGCCAUUUGUACAGCACCCAUACAAAAGACUAACGUACCCAAAUAAAAUUAAAUCAAUUUCAA